CGUCAUCGUUAAUGCUGCAUGCAGAAUACUAGUCUAAUGUUCAGUGUUGCCAGAUAGGGAAGGAGAAAUUGUCUUGGGCGAGUCGAUUUACAGAUAGGGUUGUAUAGUAAAAAGGGGGUUUUCCAGGUCGUUUGGCCAGUAUACUGUUAAGGAUUCCUGGCAAUCCUGUACAGUAGUAUGUCCGGCUUUCCAAACUGCAGUUGUUUUGUUGUUAAGUAAAAUGACCAAGAAGAUUGUGCUACUACUGGUCUUGUACAGUUCGUCUAUGGUUUGUCCAAAACCUCACAGAGCAAAGCGGCAGAGUUGUGAAUAUGAAAUAAAACCUCAGGAUGAUGGGAAGUCAUGCUGUCCGUGUGCUCCGGGCCAAUACCAGGAAAGCCCCUGCAGUAAGAACGAAAAUGACACAAACUGUCAGUACUGUGUUCCAGGAAAGACUUACAAUAGCCACGCUAACAUCCUGAAGUCCUGUGAGCCCUGCACAUCCUGUAACCCAAAUGUCAAUCUGGUGGAGGUGAACAAAUGCACCAUCUAUCAGAACACAGUAUGUCAAUGCCAGGAAGGCUUUUUCUGUGUGGAUGGCAGGGAAUCCUGCAGCUCCUGCCACCCAUGUAAUAUAUGUGGGGAUGAAGGCAUUGAGGUACCCUGUACGGCCACAAACGACACCAAAUGCAGUGACGUCAAAGAACAUGGAGGUUUGGGAAGAAUCCUUCUAGUACUUAUUCCAGUCGUGGUCUGCAUCCUUGUCUGCAUCGCUGUCUUCUUUUACUUAUGGAAAAAGAAAGACUGUUUUGAAACAUCAACAAAUCCUGUGAAUCCUACCCAGAGACCACCGGAAGUAGAGCUACAGCUGCUUCCAAAAGGUCUUGACCUCCAGCCACACAUCUACGACAUUGCAGAGAAAUUGGGGUGGUUGGACAUGAAACAGGUAGCUGAGCGCAGUGGGAUGUCUGAUACCAACAUACAAAGCCACCAAAUUAACUAUCCAAAUAACUGCCAAGAGCAGUGCAUCAGUUUACUGAAAGCCUGGGUGGAGAGGGAGGGCCUAAGGAACUCCUCAGAGAAGCUGAUCAAGAUCCUGUUUGACAUGAAGAAAAAGGCCAAGGCAGAGAAUAUACUUGAAAUCCUUAAUCGGGGGAAUGGUGUCUCAGGGGGGAACAUCAGGACAGAAACACCGGAGAUCCAGUGAGGGUAAUGGAUGUGUCAAAGUAACAAGACAUAAAGAACAUUACCUCGUCCUUACCUCGGCACUGGUAAAGAACAUUUAAAAGACCUUGUAAAAUAUAUGACCAGUAUCUGGAAACAAAAGGGUUUGACUAGGUUUUUGAUAAAUGUAAUUAAUGAACUGGAAAUGUAUAUUUAAUAUAAAUAUUCUUAACAGAAACAUUAAGGCAUAUAAAGGUACAAUGUGUAACCUUUUUGCAUUGAAAGUGCUAUAAUUGACCACCCUAAACUGGUAGGAUUCAUUCAAUGAGCCCCAAAGAAGGAAAUGUAGCAGUACAACUCAAAGCUUUGAAAGGCUAAAUAAAAAUCCCUUGGUCGGGCACGAAUUGGGAAAAGUAUGCCUAUGACACUAGAAGUCAGGUGAUAUGAUGCAGACUGCCCCUGCCUACCACUCAUCGUCCAAAUUAAAAAACAUGAAACCAAGAAUGGAGAAACAAGAUGCUGCGAUUAAACGUUACCCUGUCCUGCAUCUUCACCAGUAAGCCCAAGAGACAGCGGAGUGAUGCCAGCUUAGUUUCAAAAAAAGUGACAUGAAGGCUGGGGAAAUCACAUAUCAACAUCGCCCUGGCUUUUCAGAGAUGAUGAGAACUCAAAAACCUGCUGGGCAGAAAAUCAACAGACAUUGCUUUUCUAUUACUGAACAGAUCAAAUAAACUGUUUUUAUUUUUG